CAGUGGUUGUUAAUCUCAGGACACAUCUAAUUUCCUUCUCCUUGGUACCUACUUCAGAAGAGGACCCGGUGGCUCUCGGCCAGGGCACAAGUCCGCAGCUCACGGUACCAGUUUGUCCUACAGCUAUCUUCUCCAGUGUACCUUGAGGAUCUUCCUCCAGUGUGGCUUGGGUCUGCAGAUCCACCCACUAGCCCACAUCCUCCUGAAGAAACUGCAGGCUCCCUCUCAGAAAAGCUUCUGCUGCCGUGACUUGGGGGUCACCCUGCAGGGCCCUGGUUGAGAGCCUCGUCCUAGUGCUGUACUCCCGGCAUGGAGGUGAAGAACUUCGCAGCUUGGGACUAUGUUGUAUUCGCAGCCCUCUUUAUCGUUUCCUCUGGAAUUGGGGUGUUCUUUGCCAUUAAGGAGAGGAAAAAGGCAACCUCUAAGGAAUUCCUGAUAGGGGGAAGGCAGAUGUCCUUCGGCCCUGUAGCCCUGUCCCUGACAGCCAGCUUUAUGUCGGCUGUCACUGUCUUGGGAACCCCUGCUGAGGUCUACCGCUUUGGGGCCUCCUUCACGCUCUUCUUCAUUGCUUACGGGUUCGUUAUCAUCUUCACAUCGGAACUUUUUCUCCCUGUGUUCUACAGAUCUGGCAUCACCAGCACCUAUGAGUACUUACAGCUACGCUUCAACAAACCAGUUCGCUACGCGGCAACCGUCAUCUACAUCGUGCAGACGGUUCUCUACACAGGCGUGGUGGUGUACGCACCUGCCCUGGCGCUCAACCAAGUGACUGGGUUUGACCUCUGGGGCUCUGUGUUUGCCACGGGAAUCGUCUGCACGUUUUACUGCACCCUGGGAGGAUUAAAGGCAGUGGUGUGGACAGACGCAUUUCAGAUGGUUGUCAUGAUUGUGGGAUUCUUAACAGUUCUCAUUCAAGGGUCCAUGAAAGCUGGUGGAUUCCACAACGUAUUAGAGCAAGCAGCAAAUGGAUCCCGACUGCAAAUCGUUGAUUUUGAUGCAGAUCCUCUUCGGAGGCACACGUUUUGGACAAUCUCGGUUGGAGGAACUUUUACGUGGCUCGGCAUCUACGGAGUUAAUCAAUCAACCAUCCAGAGAUGCAUCUCUUGCAAGACAGAAAAGCAUGCUAAGCUUGCCUUGUACUUUAACUUGUUGGGCCUCUGGAUCAUCCUGGUGUGUGCGGUCUUCUCGGGAUUAAUCAUGUAUUCCUAUUUUAAAGACUGCGACCCUUGGACUUCUGGCAUGAUCUCAGCCCCGGACCAGCUGAUGCCAUAUUUUGUGAUGGAAAUAUUUGACAAAAUGCCAGGACUCCCAGGACUUUUUGUAGCCUGUGCCUUCAGUGGGACUCUGAGCACUGUGGCCGCCAGCAUCAAUGCCUUAGCAACUGUGACCUUCGAGGAUUUUGUCAAGAGCUGCUUUCCCAGUCUCUCAGACAAGAUAAGCACCUGGACCAGUAAAGGCUUAUGUCUCCUGUUCGGCGUUCUGUGCACAUCCAUGGCUGUGGCGGCUUCCCUCAUGGGGAGUGUCGUGCAGGCUUCCCUCAGCAUCCACGGCAUGUGUGGGGGACCCAUGCUGGGCUUGUUCUCCUUGGGACUCGUGUUUCCUUUUGUGAACUGGAAGGGUGCAAUAGGAGGCCUUCUGACUGGAAUCACCUUGUCGUCGUGGGUGACCAUAGGGGCCUUUGUUUACCCCGCACCAGAUGUGAAGACCCGGCCCUUGCCUUUAUCCGUGGAGCAGUGUGUGCCGACAAACCUGACCACAUCAGCACCUUCAGUCUUCCCCAGCAGGCCUGAACUGGCGGACACCUGGUACUCCCUGUCCUACCUGUACUUCAGCGCGGUGGGCUGCAUCAGCUGCAUUCUUGCAGGCAUACUCAUCAGCUUCAUAACAGGUCUCCAGCGAGGUGAGGAUAUCAACCCACUCUUGAUUAGACCAGUUUGCAAUUUAUUUUGCUUUUGGUCUAAGAAGUACAGAGCUCUGUGCUGGUGUGGAGUGCAGCACGGCCAGGAGCCCGAGCAGGAUGACCUUGAGGACAGCACUGCCUGGAAACACACAGGUGAAUCUGUGCUCCAGAACGGACUCAGGACAGAAAGCCCGGCGCCCAUGCCAGGUUUCAAUCCCGAUGACAAAAGCUGUGACAAUAUGGCGCUGGAGAAGAUCACCCACUUCUAGAGCAAUGCACAUGCGCGAGUGUGCGUACUAAGACGCCCUCCACACGCUUCUUACUUGUUGCUAGUAGACUUGCAUGUCGGUCACGGUUAGAAGACAAGCAUGUUCAGUAACUAUUUAUAUACUUAUUUAUACCAAUAGAAUGCUUCUUUCCCAGGAUACUCUUUGGAAAGCUUCCAUUUCAGGUGAGAAAAAUCAGCCAACCACAAGGGCCUAAUGAUUUCCUUCUUGAAUAAAUCAAGACUGAAUUGAA